AUGGAUGAAGCUAUGGCGCUAGAGAGAACUACUCGUCGCCAUACGUUGGCUAGUAUUGAGCACCAGAUAAAGCAAACCCCGCGUCAGCAUGUUGAAUCCUCUGACCUAAAGACGCCCGGUAUUUGCCACUUCCCUUUGUCCGUUGAAGGAGAUUCCGAACAUCGUCCACGCUUCUUUCAAUCAUACCAUGAAGAACUACCUCUGCCACAGACGGAGAAGGAAGACAAGAUGCUGGAAUUUGAGCCAUAUCCACACUGCAAGGCCAUUCUGGAAAGUGAGGCAAUCGGGGAUGAUCGACUGCUUCGCGGAGAAAUCAUGACUAUCACCGAUAUCAUGGCUGCCCGUCUGAGAACGAAAUCGCUGCGUCUUCAUAUUUUUGCUCCGAUGCUGGUUGUAUCUCUGAUGGCCCUCGCCAUGCCCGUGUUCUAG